AUGAAAGCCAAAUCUACUAGUAAGACCUCCAAGCCAGAAGGGCAACCGAACGAGCCUAACAAGGCGACCAUGGCCCUUGUCCUAACCUCAGUCCUGUUGGCCAUGUUUCUCGUUGCUCUAGACCGAACCAUCAUCUCAACGGCCAUCCCCGCCAUCACCAACGAGUUCAACUCGUUCGACGACGUCGGCUGGUACGGAAGCGCCUAUCUGUUGACAUGCUGUGCCUUCCAGCUCCUGUUCGGCAAGGUGUACUCCUUGUUCCCCGUCAAGACUGUCCUUCUUACGAGCAUCGUGAUCUUCGAAGUCGCCUCCGUCAUCUGCGGAGCAGCCCCUAACUCAGUGGCUCUUAAUAUCGGGAGGGCGAUUUGUGGAGUUGGUGCCGCGGGCAUCUUUGCUGGGACGAUUGUCUCCAUCGUUUUCAUCGUCCCUCUCCACCAGCGGCCCAAGAUCCAAGGCUUGUUCGGCGCUCUCUUCGGCCUCGCCUCCAUAGUCGGCCCUAUCAUUGGCGGUGCUUUCACAUCGAACGUGACAUGGAGGUGGUGCUUCUACAUCAACCUGCCUAUUGGCGGCGUCGCUUUGGCAGCUAUUGCCUUGUUUCUGAAGGUUCCCGAUCGCGGUGUGGAUACAACAAAGUUGCCGCUCUCCAAGAAGAUCGUCCAACUCGAUCUGGUCGGAACUGCCAUUCUCAUCCCCGGCGUUGUUUGUCUCUUGUUGGCACUCCAGUGGGGCGGCCCGACGUAUCCUUGGAGCGAUGGCCGCAUCAUCGCAUUAUUGACUCUGGCGGGAGUCCUGUUGGUUGCCUAUGCUGGCGUCCAAGCGACGCUGAGGAAGACGGCCACACUGCCUGCUCGCCUCGUCAAGCAGCGGAGUGUCAUUUCCGCUUUCUGGUCAACGCUCUGCAUCAACUCUGGCAACUAUAUAUUCAUAUACUUCCUUCCAAUCUGGUUCCAGGCUGUUCAGGGGGUGACGGCUGUCGACUCUGGUAUUCGGCUGCUGCCCAUGAUGCUUUCUUCGGUUGUUGGAUCUGUCUUUGGCGGAUUCCUCAACGCCAAAGUCGGAUACUAUACGCCGCUUGCUAUUGUCGGAACUUGUAUCAUGAUCGUCGGAGCCGGCAUGCUUACGACACUCCAAGUUGAUUCGAGCUCCGGCAAGUGGAUCGGCUAUCAGGUUCUCUAUGGAUUUGGCCUGGGCACGUCUUUCCAGAUUCCAAACCUGGCGGUACAGACGGCUCUACCCAAGAAGGAUGUGCCGAUGGGGUUGGCCCUCAUGUUAUUUGGUUCGCUGAUCGGCUCGGCCGUGUUUGUCUCGGUUGGCGAAAACGUCUUGAGCAACCAGCUUGGACAGCGUCUUUCGAGGUUCCCCGGGUUCGACAUCAAACUCUUGACGUCAGGCGGUGUUACGGCAUUGCUCGAUUCUCUGCCAGCGGAUUCGCGCGCCUCGGCUCUCGCAGAAUACAACGAGGCGCUCCGGGUGGUUUUCCGGGUCGGACUCAUUGUUUCGUGUUUGGCCAUCCUCGGAACGGCUACGCUGGAAUGGCUGAGCGUCAAGAAGCCGCAGUCGCAGGCCCCGCAGGCCCCGACUGAGCCUACUGCCGGUGCCGAGAAGAAGGAGGCCGGGGAGACCGAAACAAGUUGAAGAUAUCCGACCUCUCAGGCUUCAGGGAAUCGGGGUUUUGAAGCAAUUGGCGGUCAUUGGUCAAAUUGAGCCUGCGGAAAUAAGACUGUACUUAGAUGAAUCUGAUAUCAAUUAGGCCUAGAUUAUAGUUAGAUAGAAGCUCAAUUGCACGAACAUGCUCCCGGUAAUAAGCC